GCGAUGGAACUGAAGCUGCAGCUCAGCGUCUUCUUGUUACUCAUACAGGUUUCACUUGCGGUGUGGCAGCGUGUGACUGUGAUAAAAGGCCAGACACUCAUCUUAAGCUGCCCUCUUACAAAUGGUCACAAGACCAAUGUGGACUGGAAGAACCCUAAAGGAUUUAUAAUGUUCUUCAAUAACAGUAAAGGUAUGAAGGACAAGCGCUACACCAUCAACAAACUGUCUGAGUCAGAAUUCACCAUCAGUAUUUCCAGUGUCACAUUCAAAGAUGGGGGCAACUACACAUGCUCUCAGUAUGCCCAUAACACAAUAGAGAAGAAAGUGGAGGUGACAGUGUUGGGUCGCCCCAAAAUGACAGUAGCACAUCAUAAAGGAACGUUUGUCAUAAAAUGCACAGCUGAGGGGAACCACUUUCCUCCCCAGAUCUUCUGGAAACUGGAUCAUGGGCCUGAAAUUAUUCCCGAUGUCCAAGUUCUACAUGAAGAUGAAAAAUAUGUCUCAAUGGAUAUAUUACAUGUUCACUCAGUGGAGAACAGAGUCACUGUGAAAUGCCUUGUUCGCCAUCCAGCUCUGCACUCACAUCCUCUGAUAAACUUUGUCAAAAUUGGACGAGACUCAACAAUCCCCGUCCGCACAACCACGACCAGUUCACCCAAAAGUCAGACUCAACGGUCAACAGAAGUGCAGAGGACAACAACCAGAGACGUGGACGGCCCUUCAUCAGAGAGCUCUAGAAAGUCAUCAACUGUUCCCUCCAAUCAGUCGUUUUCCUCCAAUGAGCCAAAGAAGGUUACAGCACCCACUGGACUUCCUCUGAACCCUGUUACUUCCACAGGCUCACAUCUCAGCGUUAGUGGCUCAACCAGGAGUAGGAAUGAAACCAUCAGUAAUUCAACAAGCACAACAGGCUGGACAUCUGUCCCUGAGACAACAGAGGAGAUCACCUAUAACAGUACGGACGGAAACAGAACAGGGAUCCCGGAUAUGCAGACAGCAAAUGAAGGAAGUUCAACUUUACUGAUUUUGCUGGUGACAUGCCUGAUCUUUGGUCUUCUGGUGGUGGUCAUUUUUUUUGGCAUCAAGCUGAGGAGAGCACACAUCACCUGGAAGAGAGAGAAUGAAGAAUCUGAUCCAUCAGAGGACAGCAGCAAAUCAAAAUCAAGCCAGGAAGAAAAGAACUCCCAAGGACAAAGGCGAAGAGGGCUCACCAACACGGCGUUCACACAGUAUGUUGUUGAAGAACCACCGGUGAUAACCUCAGUGAUAAACACAGCAGCAGUGGUGCCAACAGAGAAAGUGAAUAAAAAACAAACUUCUCAACCACAAGCCCUGGGACAAACGUCAGCCAAAUGUCACAUAAAGGAAACAGAGCUGUAACAACCUUUACAAUACAGCAUUGAUAAUAUGAGCAAUAUCAACAGCACGCUUAUCA